AUGUCGCAAACUACAGUUAUCAUUAUUGGCGCCUCCUACGCCGGUAUUGGCGUGGCCCAUGCCAUCCUAAAAGGCAUCCCUUCUGUCAAGGUCAUUGUAAUAAACCCUCACAACAAACUAUUUUUCAGUAUCGCGGCGCCGCGCAUUCUCGCCAAGCCGGACGCCUUCCGCCCAGAACAAUAUCUCCUCUCCAUCCAGGGUGCAUUUGCCCAGUACCCAUCGGAAUCCAUUGAAUUCAUCCAGGACUUUGCAACUUCCAUCGACUCAGCCACGAAAACCGUCACGGUCAAGACCGGCGCGUCUUUCUCUUAUGACUACCUCGUCAUUGCCUCGGGAAGUACCACGGCUUCCUCUCUUGGUAAAGGAAGCACGGUAGCCCCGUUUAAGCCGUCCAAUGCCAAAGAUAUGGAGGCCGUGAUCAAAUCAGCCCAGCAAGAGGUUGCUGACGCUAAAAGCAUCAUCAUAGCCGGUGGGGGUGCUGUCGGUGUCGAAUUUGCCGGGGAAGUUGCAGAGGCAUUCAAGACCAAGAAGGGAUCCAAGAUCACGCUCCUGACGCAGACCAAAAAUCUUUUGCCAACAUUGAAAAUGAGCGCGGGCAUCGCCGCGAAGACUAUUCUGGCGAAGCUCAAUGUUGAGGUUCUCACGUCUCGCAAGGUCCAGACGGCAGAACGGGACAGCGAGACCAACAAGUGGACGGCAACGCUCGACAACGGUGAGACCCUCACAGCAGAUCUGUACAUCUCCACCACCGGGGUAAUUCCGAACAACAACUUCAUCCCAGCUGAGUUCCUCUCCGUCGACGGCUGGGUCAACGUCGACACCCACCUACGCGUCAAGAGUAGCUCCACCAAAGGCGGCGAUCCUCUCCCCAUCUACGCCCUAGGCGACAUCACCACAUAUCCUCAGCGAUUGGCCUAUAAAGUUAACGAGCAGGUGCCCAUUGUGGCUGCAAACAUCAAGGCCGGCAUCCUGGGCCAGGGGAAGCGACCCGAGUACUCCCCGGGAACAAGAGUGAUGAUGGUCGUUGGUACCGGGCAGGUGUUCUUUGGCUGGGUGCCAUGGGGCUGGCUGGUCGCAUUCGUCAAAGGAAAGGAUUACUUCAUUUCCAAAGCCAGUGCAGUGGGUUGCUGA